CUUCCCUUCUCUCUCUUGGAGGAAAAGAAAAGAGAGAAAAAGAAAGAGACCGGAAAGAAGAACGAUCCCCUCCUAAUCUCUCUCCCUCCCUCUGGGCACGGAUCAGUGAACGGUGAUGGCAAAUGAUAAGUUGAAACAUGAACGAGAGCCCCUUGGCUCUACUUCACCAUUACAAAGGAUCAAAGAAAGUGAAAUCUCGGUUCAAAGUAAUGAACCUAAUGAUGUGUCUAACUUCGUGGGGAACCUUAGUAAUAGUAGUGCUGCUGGAGCUGAUGAUAUAACCAUUCCAAGUAUGACGAUGCCGUUUUCACUUUUUCCUUUUGAAGACAUUGAUGGAACGAAUAACCCUUAUGCCAUGGAAAUGCCGCUGACUGAUAUUAAUUGGAUGACUGAUCUCACUCUACCAUUCAGCAACCCUCAGGAUCCAAUGUUUGACUAUGAUUCUGUAUAUGGGAAGGGUAGAAAACCGGUCCAACAUAGGUCAGAUUCAAAUUUUAUCGGUUUGGAUGUGAAGCAAACUCAUCGUCCUCUUGAUUAUUCAAUGCCUCCUGCUAAAGUGGUCAGUGCUAUGUUUGAUGCGGACGUUAAACCUCCUGUUGACAGGAAAUUAGUAACUGCUAAUGGAAACUUUGCUGCAGCCUUAUAUGGUAUACAUCAGAAUGAAGAACUAAAUAGAAAUAUAGGCAGGCCUCAGCUAUUUAGAAAUUUCAUAAGCGAUGGAGUUAGCACCCCUGUGGCAGGCCAUACCAUAGAUGGCUUAGGCAUGGCAAAAAAUAACAAUUUCAUGACAACCAAAGUUCAAGAGGAUUGCCCAGAAAACCUUGAUGUGAGUUUCCUAACCCUGGGGUUUGAGCGGAAGACUGAGGAUUUAUCUAAAUCUAAUAGAUCAGAAACAAAUGUUGCUAAUAAUUUUGGAAGGGAUGCCCUUCCUCAACCAAAUACUUUCUAUAGUCGAAAAGAAGAAAGAAAUUUCUUCAAUCCCUCUGAUGUAGCUGGUGGUUUGCCUUGUCAUCAGAACACUGCCGGUGGAUUCAACGGGCUGACAAACAACAUGCCACAAGAUGACAGCCAACAUCAUUUUGUUAUGCCGGGAAACAGGAAUGUUGCUCUUGGAGUUGAAGGGAACUGGGAUACAAGAUCUGCAUAUAUUGAUCCUAGUAACUGUUUUCAGGGUUACCCAGAUGUAUCUUUAAUUCCUGUUGGUAGCAGCUCCGGGCUCCCUGAUUCUGGAGAGAGCAGAGCAUAUGGUUUGCCAUCAUUUUCUUUUUCGAGUACAAGUACUUGUCCACCUGCAUUGGAAACUUCUAGAAACCUCAUUGCUGAUCCUGGCAUGGUUUUUCCUCCUAUUGGUGCCACAACAAGCACUUCCCUGCACGAUCAGUUUGGGAAGCCUUUCGCAACUAAUGAGGUUAUUGCUGUAGAAGUUGCUGAAAGAGGCGAUGUUCCUGGGAAAUUCAGGUUUAGCCAGCUACCUAGUAAUUAUUGUCAACCUCAUGUCGUCGGUGCUGUUCAGCCAUCUACAAACCUUUCUAGAUCCAUGAUGACUGGUGAAGAGUUUUUAGUUACCAAAUGUAAUAGAACUGCACAAGGUUCUAGUGCUUUUGUUGGAACACAUCUUAAGAGGGUUGCUGAACAACCGCAAGCGGUGACUGCCAGAGCUCAACUGUUAAAGAGAAGAAGAGCUCAAUCUUCUGUCGAUCCAUCUGCUCCAAUGUUGUCCCUAAAUGUUUCAACUGUCCCAAAUUCAUCCAAGGCCUCUUCUUUCACAGUCCCAGAUCCUACAGCUCCAUCCCUCCCAUGGGAAGCGAAAAGUACUACAUCACUCUCACCCCUAUUGCAGAUUUCUCACACUCUCCCAGCCCAAGGAAGAAGUACUCCAUUAUUUCCACCCCUGUCACAGACUACGUUUGCCCUCCCAACCCCAGUCAGACGUACUGCAGUACUCCCAGCCUUAUCCCAGAUUGCUUCCUCUCUGCCAUCCCGAGUGAAAACUACUAAAUUGCAUCCGCCUCUAUCCUUGACUGCUCCAUGUCUCAGACCCAAAGCCAAAACUACUACAUCGCACCCGGCCCUAUCCCAGAAUGCUCCAUCUUUCCUACCUCUACCCCAAAUUGCUCCUCGACUCGCAUCACACCCGACCCAGUCCUGGAAUGCUCCCUCUCUCCGACCCCAGGUCCGAAUUGUACCCCCACUCCCAUCCCAACCUUGGGCUGCUCCACCAGUCCCACAGAUAUCUCAGAAUGCUUCACCACUCCCACCAAAAUCUCAGUCUGCUUCAUCACUCUCUCCCCAGACUGCUCAACCUCCCCUUCCACCACCCCAGAUUGCUCCCUCUCUCCUACCCAAACGCCAGACUGGUCCACCUUCCCCACCCCAACCCCAGACUGCUGCACCCCCUCUUCCACCACAAUCCCGGACUGCUUCAGCUGUACAUAUAAAAUGGAAAGGUUUUGGUCAAACUCAACCAAGUGGGCACAAGUGUUUGAUAUGCAAGAGGGAUCUUUCCUUCACACCUGAAGGCCCUGUUUCCAUACCAACUAUUCAACCAGUUGUUGCUGUUCUACCGUGUGGCCACACAUUUCAUGACCACUGCUUGCAGCUCAUCACCCCUGAAGACCAAGCUAAAAGUCCUCCGUGCAUUCCUUGUGCCAUCGGUGACAGUUGAUUCCUUGUGCCGUUGGUGAGAGUUGACUCGUGCCCUGGGAGAGUGUUGAUGCGAGUCUUGGUUCAUAACAUGUUGAAUCCUCCAUGCCUUGUGGCACUAGUCAUGAGAAAUUCCUCUUCUAAAUUUUGUUCGAAUCAGUCGGAAGUAGGGGAAAGAUUGGUUGUGACAAUUUCAGACCUGCUUUAUCUUUUCAUUAAGGCUCAUAAGGUGAUUUGGUGCAUAAGUAUAUAUAGCUCAUUAAGAAUUGUAUAGGCGAGUAACCCUUUCGUUAGUAUGAUGUGUACUUUUGAAUUAUAUCAGCUCAAUUUCCGGCCCUUGAGUUCUACCUCUUAUCA